GCACAACCCCAGCUCCCAUCAGCUUCUCUUUUUCCUGGAAAGAAACAAAAAGAAGAAAAACAACUCCUCUCUCUCUCUCUCUCUCUAUCAAAAGUCAUGUUCCCUUAAGGGAUUAGCUGAGCCCUGGUACUGUACAGAAAGCAUCUAUAGCUAGCAGAAAUGGGAAGAGCACCAUGUUGUGAGAAAGUGGGAUUAAAGAAAGGGAGAUGGACAGCUGAAGAAGAUGAAAUCUUGACUAAAUACAUUCUAGCCAAUGGAGAAGGCUCAUGGAGAUCACUACCCAAAAAUGCAGGGUUGCUAAGGUGUGGUAAGAGCUGCAGACUGAGAUGGAUUAAUUACUUGAGAGCUGACUUGAAGAGAGGAAACAUCACCACACAAGAGGAAGAAACCAUUGUUAAGUUGCACAGAGCUUUGGGUAAUAGAUGGUCUAUGAUCGCUGCACAAUUGCCAGGAAGAACUGACAAUGAGAUAAAGAAUUACUGGAACUCUCAUUUGAGAAGAAAAAUUUACAGCUUCUCCAAGAAAGAUUCCAUAUCCUCCUCAACCAUCACUUCCAUAGAUAUUGCCAAUAUUGCUGGACUACGCAAGUCGAUAAGUGGUAGAAGUGGUCGAUCAGCCAUUAAAAAACACAAGGGCAACACACCUAUAUCAGUGGCAAAGCCCAAGAGCGAAACCCUAACUGAAGUAGUGCCUGAACCAGCAUCCUCUCCUAAUAAUGCCUCUACAGUACAAAUUGAACAGAGUAACCAAAGAAUGGGUUUGGCCCCAGAGAGCUCUACAAGCGAACCAGAAAACACUAAAAAAUACCUCUGUAAUAAUGGUGUGCAGGGUUCCUCAUGUAAAGAUGGCGAUGAAAGAUUUAAUGCAGCCGGAGUGUGCCCUAAAAAGGAUGGAGAAAUUGAGGUCUGGGGACCAUAUGAAUGGCUAGACAGUGAAAUAAAUCUGCUUAAAUAUGUUCUGCAAGGCAAAGCUGUGGAUCCAAGUGGGAACGAUAUUAUUGAUACGCUUAACAAAGAGAGAGAAGAAAAUGGGGUACUUGGUGGUAGUGAAGGGAGAGGAAAUGAAGUGAUGGGUCCAGACAGAGUGGCUGCAAAUGAUCAGGAGAAAGAAAGCAGCAGUACUGCUACUGCUGCUUGGGAACUGUAUAAUUGUGAAUCAUCACCAUUUGAUGAAGAAUGGUAUAAUUUAAGCUUUGAUUGGGACAGUAAAGGAGGCGUAGAUGAUAAUGCAUUAAGGGAAUUAUGGGAUGAAGGGGAGAAGAUUAUGUCAUGAUUAUGAAGCUAAUGACUAAUUAAUGAGAAUGGGGGUUGAAGGAGAAUCCUUUUAAUUUGACUUACAAAGAAUGGAGGUGUUUAGUUAAUUAUCUACUGCGCUCAGGAGUGAAGUUGCCAGCUGAAUUUAUAGGAAAUUUGUUGUAUAUUUAUCUAUUCAUUCUUCAAUUUAAUGAUUUGGGAAUUUUGAAUUGAAGAAUGUUUGGCACUAUGAUGGACUUAAAAUUUAGAUUUGAAUAGUGGUAUUUAUGUUUGGUGUACGUUGAUUAUUUUAAUUUUUAUUAUGUUGUUGAAGGUCUGUGGCAGCCCCAUGUGCACAGAUGCCAUGAUGAUUGGUGAAAUGUUUAUUUUGGUUCGGAACCGAAGGUACAAAGUUUUAUUUAUUUAUUUUCUGCAUUAUGGUUCUUUUCUUUUGA